CCUCUCACAGCUCACUCCCGCUCCCCUCUCUCCUCACAGACUUCACUUCCUUACGGCUUUGAGAGAGCACUAGGACCAGUACUUAACAUAACAGACUUACCAACCAGUCUUUUCAACUUCUGGAUUCAAACAUUUUCUAGUUAAAAGUUGGAUUUCUGUUCUUUCAGGUUCUGCUUAUUUGAAGCGUAUUUGUAAAGUUCCUCCUUUUUUAAAUUCUGGUGUUUUUCCACCUCCUGACUGUGUUUCGCUGUGGUCAGGUACAAUGGCUCUCAAAGUCCUCAAUCCGCAGGUGAAAGGUUCCCUGAGCGGGAGCAUGUUUUUGGACCAUGGCUUUAUAGAGGAGCAGAAGCCUCCACCUCCACUCCGCAGCUACCUUUGCUUGACUAUUUUCACCUGCUUCUGUCCUGCAUACCCUGUCAACAUUGUGGCCCUGGUCUUCUCUAUCAUGUCUAGAAACAGUUAUUACCGUGGCGACUAUGACGGGUCCAGGCAACUGGGCAGGAGCGCUCUUUAUGUUGCUGUCGCCUCCGUUAUCAUCGGCCUACUCAUCAUCGCCAUCUCCUGCAUCGUUCAUUUUACCACAAUGGAUUUUUAGCACUGUACAAAGACAUGUUGACGCAGGUCUCACCAUCUGCCAAUGAAAGGACACGACUUUACUUCGAUGUGUGAAUCACUUCCUGUCAUGUUUCCUGUUGUACACAUGGACGAACAAUACAUCAUGUCACUUAUUAAUGCUGCUUUAAACAAAAAAGGCAGCUUCAUCAUCAUCAUCAUCUUGAAUGAUAAUAUUUAAAAAAAAUUAUUGUAUAUUUAGUAAUUGUAUUUUGUGAUAUAAUUCAAAUAAAUCAUUAUAUUUUAAUGGUAUGACCUGUUGUAGCAAACAUGAAAUAACUUUGACUUGAGAACUUUUGUCACUUUUAUAAAUUAAAAACAUUUCUGGAAACCUGAAGUUAUCUUGUAAGAACACAAACUUGUCUUUGCUUUAUAUUAUUCGAUACUUGUGAUAACAUACUAAAUAUUUUAUAUUAGAAGAUUAAUAAAAGAGUAUUAUAUGAUAUAGUAGUUUUAUUGUGUUAAUUAUUCCUCUGAGUAAAGCCACACUGCUUCUGGUUUGGACUAACAUGUCACGACACAGCUUCAGCCUGUGCCCAAUUCUGCAUCAAAGCUGUUAUGAUAAAAGUACACAAACCAAAAGAUCAUAUUACCCAUUGUUGAGAUUCAUUACACCUGUAAGAUCCUCACCUCAUAAGGUUGAAUGUCUUAUUGUAAUGUCUUCACUGUUUAAUUUUUAAUUUAUUGAAUGUCUUAAAAUGAUGUCAUCAAUGCCUUAUUCUAAUGUAUUAUUUUUCAUGUAUUUAAUGUAUUAUCUUAAUGUCUUCGGUAUCUUACUUUUAAUGUCUCUAAUGUCUUAUUGUCAUGUCUUCAGUGUUUCAUUUUUAAUUUAUUGAAUGUCUUAUUUUUCAUGCCUUUUCUUUUUUAAAUUGCCUUUGUAAAGCACUUUGAAACUGCCUUGUGUCCAUACAGAUAAACCUCCCUUGUCUUAUUUGAUGUGGGAUUUAAUAAACUUUGUAAUGAGUUCCAAUUAGUUUGAUAUAUUUCACUGUACUCUUCUUGAUCCCUGAGCGACAACCUGCUCUGCUGGGAAAUUUUCUUGUAGUUUGAUAUUGUCACAGUAUAUCCCAAACUAAAUAUAGCAGAAUUCCCAUCUGCAUUGCAGGUUUGCCCAGUUUGUCACAUGGUCAAGUAAAUCUGACCCGGUUGCAAGGCGACUGAAACAUACAGAAAGUGUCACAAAAGGUGAGAGCAGGUGAUGAUUCAGGAAGAAGGGCGUUUCUGAUCUUGUGUGAACAUUUGAUUUCACCUCAUCCUGUAACUCAGGUUUUUCUAUCGUUGCUUAUUGACGACAGCACUUUCAGGCUUUGUUCCCUCCAUGUUGUAACAAGGUGCUCCAUGGACCCUAUGGGCGACCAGAUGACACACGUUUUACACUAAACAACAAAAAGGUACACUCCACGUCUUUAUGUCUGAUUUGCACUGCGAGCCUCUGCUGUCACUUCAGUUUUCAGUACACAGGUGUAAUUCUGAUGCAAGAGGCCGUCUGCCAAGUUUCAGCAGUUAUUACAAUGCACUUAGACAAAUUACUUUUGAGCGGUAAUCUUGUUCGAUUAUCUCGCUUUACUUGAAAGAGAUAAAUGCAGUGUGUUUGUAGUCCCACCUCUUUGAUGUCGCACCAGAGCAAAACUCGAGAGAGGCAGACGCAAAAUAAAACGAGUGCAGGGUGUAGGCGACUUGAAAGCCCUCCGUAGGAUUAUCAAGGGAUCGAGGUAGACUUUGUGACAGGGAAGUGAUUACCACACGGUGUAAUGAAGAAACUCCUACACAAACAAAAUGAAUCUGGUUAAUUCUUUGUGUUUCAUGCCACAUUAAAGGCAGAUUUGGACGUGUUGCUGGCUGUGGUGCGUUUGGGGAGCACUCCGUGACUCACGUGAAGUGCUCACAAACAGGACACUCGAACCAGCUGCUUCCAUUAGCAGCAGAUAGAGGGUCCGUGCACACGUAUCUCAUGACACAUUCCUCCCAGCGAGCAGCAGUAUGAUCCAACCUGAAUAAAUGAAAGAGGAGAACUGUGGGAAUGAUGCAGAGCCGUCAGGGAAACGUAAACACGCAUUUACAUACAUAUCCUCGAGGAUUCACUUUGAUGUUAUAUUUUUAUCUCCCCCCCUCCGUUUAAAUACAGAUUUAGUUUAAUUAAAGCUGUAUUUUUUGACCUUGUUGCCCUCUAGGGGGCAAUAGAACGACCAGUAGAGACAACAUAUUCACACAUUACAGAAACAUUACUGGCUUACUCUCCUGAUCAAGCGGGCAGGUAAUAGAUCAAGCUGAGAGUGAGUGCCCUCUGCCAGAUCACAAGGCAAACUACAUCAGAUCGUCUGAUGCACUUAUAGACUGUGUAUUUUGAAUUCCAACAAGUCGUUCCCCCAAUGUUUGAAUGAAUGUUUUGAAUAAGAGGUGAAUAUGAAGUAGCUUCUAAAUGCUCCACUUUGUUCACUAGCUAGUUGCUAACUUUGUCUCUCUGCUCUUUAGGUUUGAUGGCAGGCAGACGGUGUUUUAGACUGUUCGGGUCAGACGUGUUCAAAACAACAGGAAAAAUCCCUGAUCAUUCAGGAGAGGGAUGGAGCCUAGGUAGCAUUCAGAAGGCGGGACAUGCAAAUGUUGCUACAGAAAUCACGCGUUUGUGUUUGUAGCACAUCAACACCUGCUUCAGCCCUUGUUACCAAAAGCUCUAAAAUCUCAUUGUCUUUCCAAUUUGACAUCUUUCUUGGCGUGUUCAGAAAGUAUGACACAUAACAUACAGCCCUUCGAGAAAAUGUCAUGCCUUGAGUCCAGCGCAUGUCUGAAAGCGUUGUGUCCUCAACCUCAGCAACUACAAUAUCUACAGAGUGCAGGGUUAGCUGCAUUAUUCCUGUUAUAUUUCAUUGUGACGGUGACAUUUAGUUUUACUAACGGGGACACAGGAUAAUUCAGCCCUGCUGCUUUCUGUUUCUGUUGAUGCAGAGGGUCAGUGAGUGCAUUUGAUAGUCAUUUGAGAAAACUGUUUUCAUUCUGUUCCCAUGACAAAUCUCCACUGAUAUUACUGACAAUGACUCAUAACUUUGGCUUGGUGCUCACUUCGGAUUUUUACAGAUGCUAAAAAUGUAAUUGGAUUGUUGUCAAGACCAAAAACGUCUGGAGUUUUGCUAAUAAAAAUGUUGGGUCUGUUUUCAUUUG